UCCAGCAAUGGGGGAAUCUUACAUCAUAAGUAUAGACUUUGGAACCACAUACAGUGGAUACGCUUUCAGUUUGACAUCCAGAGAAGAAGAAGUAGACCCCCAUGUGAAGUUUUGGGGUGAAGAAGUUGGAUUGGAAACCCCAAAGACUCCAACCUGCAUCCUGUUUGAUAAAUAUCAACAGUUUGUCAGUUUUGGAUAUGAAGCCAGACAGACUUAUUUAAAGAACUCAGGCAAAGAAUCCAGAGAGAAGUUCUUCUUUGAUUGUUUUAAGAUGUCACUCUAUGACAAGAAACUCACCACAGACCUGACACUUAAAGCUGCCAAUGGGAGAGAAAUGAAGGCUCUGAAGGUUUUCACAGAAGCUUUAAGAUUCCUGAAAGAAGACGCUCUGAAAACCAUUCAACAAAACACUGAAGGAACUUCGUUCACAGCCUCUGACUUCACCUGGGUGCUGACUGUUCCUGCCAUCUGGGAUCAUUCAGCCAAACAGUUCAUGAGAGAAGCUGCAAUGCAGGCAGGAAUUGUGACAGAGGGACCUGAAAACAAUCUAGUGUUUGCUCUGGAACCAGAAGCAGCUUCAGUCUUCUGUAAGAAACUAUCAUCUGAAGGUUUCAUAGCAGAAAACCGGGGUGAAAGCAAA